CUAGCGUAGUUAGACACUAGCGCGCCCGUCUUGCUAAGGCCGGGAUAAACAGCGGCGCGAGAGAGGUCACGAGGUGGCACAGCCCCUCGGUACAUCGCUUCUAGUCACGCUAUCGACCUGCCGCGGAAUAAGCGGUCGCCGACGGGCCGCUCACGCAAAACACAGCACUUGAGGGCUGCACCAGCAAUUUGCUAAUCACGCGCGGGAGUGGACGCCGCCGACGCGUGCUCACGCAAAACAGCACUUCGAGGGCAGCGCCAACAACUUGCGCCCACCGGCGUCCCGAACCAAGGCCAAAAAAGCACCUAAUUAAUCAGUCGCCGCGCUCUCACGUAGCGUGGGGACCUUCAUACGGCUUGCGAGAGGACGGGCGGCGCGGCCCCGGCGGUUUUCGCCUCGCGACGCCCGGCGCGGGCUGUUCGCAGCCGGGAGCGCACCGGUCCCGAGAGUUUUAUACCCUCGAGCGGCCCGCCUCACGCGCGCGCAUUUCACACAGGUCAUGUUGCGCAGCGCCCGCGUCGUUGCUACAAGAGCGCGGCCGCAGCGCCGCCGCUUGUCGGGCGGCGCCCCCACCAAGCAUGGUGUCUCCCAAGAAUUGAGACCAAUCCACCAGGACAUGCCGCCGCCCGGCGGCUACCCUUCCGUGCUCUUCGCGAAGGCGCAAAAGGACCGGGGCCCCGAGGGCUGGAAGAUCUGGGCCGCGGCCAUGGCCGUCGUGGCCGUCGGCUUCUACCGCGUCGGCCAGACGAAUUUAGAAAGGAACGCGGCGAAGCGCGAGAAGCGCGAAGCCCGCAUGAACAUGGUCCCUUAUUUACAAGCGGAAGAAGAUAGGCGCUUCUGCGCGUCCGAAGACGCGGAGGACGCGGAGGAGGCGCGCGUCAUGGAGGGCGUCAAGGGCUGGACCGUCGGCGAGAGCGUCUACAGCAGUGGGGUCUGGGAGCCGCCUUCGAGAACGGACCACCCGCGCCCGACGUUCUAGGCCUGCUCGUAUGCUCUUGCAGGUCUGCUUGUGGCCGCGAAGGCGGUCUUUAACAUAAUAUAUAUCUCGAA